AUGGCUACCAUGUGCGAAAUCGGUUGAAUAUCGAAGAAAUGAAAACUGCGUUCGCGAUCGAAUCUCCCGUGUUCGCUAGCACGUUCGCCGCUAUGUGAUUGCCGGCACAGAAACCGAACAUCCGUGAAAAAGUUUGGUUGGUCUAAAGAGGAAGUAAUAUAUCCGUUUGGUCACAAUAUACGAGCGUACUUGCAGGUGCAGAAUGCUGAGGCGAAUACCGUCUGUAUUGUUCCGGGGCAUAGCGCAGCAGUUCGUAGCGCCUAGACGACUGCCAGCAUUUAGGUUGCUGUCGUCCGAUGUAUCGCCAAGCGACCAGAUGGUCACGACUACGGCCACAUCGAAGGCUCCUAUUACACCUAGCGCACUUUCAAAAGACGCAGAUAUCCUCACGGAACAACUUCAGAGGGCCAAAAAUGUUGACAGACUUCUCGAUCUAGUCGGCCAGCACCACCGAGUAAUGAACAAUGCGCAAGUGCUGACGGCGUUUACAUGCCUUCACGAUGUGAUCAAGCAACAGCCUAAACAAGCGGACUACAAGAGCUUGACUUCUCAUCCAGGCUUCCGAGAAUUAUGCAACCGAGCGUUAAAGCGGAUGCGCUUUUACGAGACACAAGAAGUGUUAUCGUUGCUCAAAUUCUCCGCACUUUUUCAGAUUCCUGCCAGCACUGCUCUUGUCCAGGCCAUGGGACAAAUGCUAAAGCACAGCAUCAACAGUUUAUCGUUGUCAGAGCUCAUAUUUCUUGACAUGCUCCUUCAGUGGCAGAAGUCAAGCUCUUCAAUAACAGACGCAUUGAAGAUAGCUAUUCCUCUCGUGUUCCAAGCUCAGCUUCCCAUCCAGUUGAACUUCACUAACGUUCACGAUGUAGUGCGCUGUUUCAAGUUUGCUUAUACAAAAGAGCUGGAUUCUGCCCUUGUUGAGAAAAUGGCCAUCAGCCUGCUUUCAGCGCUCCCAAAUUUGGACCCAGAACAGGCAGCCACACUCGUCAUCACUGUAGGCAUGAGCCCUUCAAUUUCCUUCACGGUACCCUCUGUCAAGGAAUUGGUGAGAGGAUGUGAACAGAUUAUGGUGGAAAAUUUAUCGUCAUAUGCACCCAAGACCAUCAGGGCUGUUCUUGCGAGCUUAAUGCGAGAUGCUCGGAAAUCAUCUCUGCUCGAAGCCCUCAUUCAUCACAGCACGGAUAACCACUGGCCUUUGUCGGAGCUGAGCCUGGUGCUCGACUGCUGCUACAAGCACGAAUACGCCACACCAAGCCUGUCGGAGUAUGUGGCGCAGCGCAUUGUCAAGGAAGAGGAAAAAGUCAUCCAAGACAAGAGGGUCUCUGUGGUGUGCCUUGCAGACUUAGUGGCUGCAUGUCCAAAGCACACAGAUCUGUUUCGCGAGGCUGCCCGCAUUCUGGCCUCGUGUCAGGAAAAAAUUGCCACGGUGAAGUUCUCGGCACCGCACGUCUUCGCGAGGCUGGUGUCAAAUCUGGCAAGGCUGCACUGUUUCCCAAAGGAGUUGCUGGGGCGAGUCUUUGACGAGCAAUUCCUCAACAAGGCAAGGUUCAAGGCUUCUGGCAAGAAGUGGCCAGCUAUGCUCACCAACCUGCUCCAGUUGGAACAGUGCGUUCGCAUCGACCUCAAGGAGUACCAAGGACCGGUCUUACCCGACAGGCUGCGGAAGGAAGCCGUCGAAGUGGCAGCCGAAGAGAGCAGCUUACUGGUUCCACUGAAGAAGAGUCUCGAAGUUGCUCUCGGAGGAGCACAGUUUGUCGCGGCAGGGCUGUGGACAAGGCAUGGCUACUUCAUCGAUUUUGCUGUGGUCAUGCGAAAAGGCGAGUAUCCUGUGGCCAUAAACACCCAACUGGCAUCAGCAUCUGAUGGCGGUUACUCUUACGUCGAAGAUUUAAAAGUACCUGAGGACGCUAAGGUAUUGGUGGUCCUCACUGCAAAUCACAAGAAUUAUUGGAGACACACGUCAGCUCUAAAAGGAAGCGUCUCAACCAAACUGAGGCAUCUUGCAUCACUUGGCUACCAACCACUUUUGGUUGAUGUCGAGCAGUGGAAGUCGUUGCCCGAUUACGAGAAGAUUCCGUACGUCAUGAGAGAAGCAAAGGCGGUGCUCAGCGAAGGAGAUGCUUCGUGGAGCGCUCAUGCUAGGUAGCUGUGCUCGGUGAAGACAUUGUACACUAUCUUAGGAAAUAAAAAAUGCAAACAGUUGCUGGUGAAAUAUGGACCAGCUUUUAUGACAGCGCCGAACGCCUCAAGUGCGAAGGUUUGCACGUGCCUUCUCCAAGAUGUCCUUCUUUAUCUUUGGAUAGCUUGGGUAUUUAGCCAGAACCUGCAGAAAGUGAGUUUUAGUGCCAUGUUUAAUGAUAUUGCUUUUAGAAAAAAGGUUAAGUAAUAAAUAAAGACUCAAAUAUUUUCACU